ACUUUUUUUUCCCUCCCCUCUCCCCGGCGAGCUAGCAUAAGCGCCCGUUAAACAAAUCGCACAUUCUCCACUUCAAUGGAGGCACAGCCCAAAGAUCGGGCACGGGACAGUCGAAAUCAGCACCGCGGCGACGGCGCGAGCCCUCCUCGGUGGAGCGCUUGUGUAAAACAUGAUCAGAGCCACUUCCACCAGCGCCAGCAUCAGGAAACGAACCCGAAGAAAACAGGCAACAAAAAAGUAAGUGUCGGUGAAGAGGAGGUGGCAAAGAGUACGCAUUCGUUUGCUACUGUUGGAAUGCUGCAUCCCCCCAACAGCAAUGGAAACAGACACACAAGUAACACGAAUGUGAAGCAGAAGUCAACGCAACGGCUGUACUCAACGGCUCCAAAAGCGAGCAGCAAAGGACUAGACUACAAAAAGGCUAUAGAUGUUAAAAAUGAUGACUUGAAUUAUGGCGAGGAUAAGAAAGACUCCGUGUUGCUCCAAAAUGGUGUCGCACAAUGCGGCUUGAUUAUAAAUGGCUAUUCGUGCAAGGAAAAUGACGGCAGCAGAGCCGAUGGCGGGUAUACCAUGCCGAAGAAACGCAAGGCCAGAUGUAACAACUUGAGGAACACUGACAAUGCAAUGCGAGAAAACGACAUGCAGCAGGGCAACACUACACAGGAGCCUACAACUUUUAAUACUGAAGUGACCGCAAAGGGAGGCACUUCCAGGUUUGACUGCUUAAAAGCCACACAUAAAGCAGAGAGUCAGUCAGCGCAAAGACUGGCGGCGGCCUAUGAGUCCUCAGUGGGGGAACCUCAGAGGAAGAACUCUGAUGGGAAAGCGCUUGGGAAAAAGACUGAGGAGCGGCACAAAGCCAAGGUUUGCUCACCUUCAAAAGAGGACUCGUGGACUUUGUUCAAGCCCCCUCCAGUGUUUCCUGUGGACAAUAGCAGCGCUAAAAUAGUUCCCAAGAUCAGUUAUGCAAGUAAAGUCAAAGAGAACCUCAAUAUAGUAGCUCAAGGUGGAGCAGAAGCACUGCCUCCACCUGUGAGACUGUCGCAAGUCCCCAUGUCCGCUAUGAAAACCAUCAUGUCAGCUAGCUUUACUAAUGGGCCAGUUUCUGCUAACGGCUGCUCAUCAGUGGGUACCUUCUUUGCUCCUGCUGCUUCGGGAAGUGGCGACAAUGUAGCAUCUCCUUUGGAAAGUAACUGUAGCUCUACAAGCAGCCCCAUUGAGGAAGAGGCGUAUGAACUGAGGAAGUGUUCUCUUUUAAUUUACCCUUUAAAUAUGCAACCCGCGCUCCCCAGUGCCCGGCACCUCAACCCGCCGGCUGCUCAGACAAAUCAGAAAACCUUGGGAGCAAUCUUCCAGAAUAAAUGGGGUCUUUCGUUCAUUAAUGAUCCCAACUUGGGUCCGGAAGAGGGAACCGGGCCGGUGCCCGCAGAGGACAACGCAAGUGCGCGCCAGUGUCAGGCCAAAGCUGGCCAGCCGUACUUUGAGGGAGGCCCUUUCUUCUUGGAGCCCGGCACUUUGGUUCAAGACGCAGAGAAAAGGACUUCAAUUAUUUUGCCUGCUUGUUCUAAUCAAUGCGUCCUGGCUGAGGAGGAGAACAGAGACAAGACUAGCGUAGCUUCUGCUUUUCAGGACAAUGGUGCUAAUCCUGCACAGGGCCACACAACCACUGUGUUGUUUGGCACAUCUAAAGAACAGGCCUUGUCUGAAGAUGUCUGCAGAAGGCGUAGCUGGGGGUCUUUCGACGUCAAAGCUGCUGUCACUUAUCACACUGAAGAAAUGGAAUACAUUUUCAGCUUGCAAAAACAACAUCCAAAUCGAGUAUUGGUUUAUGACGAGACCAAGGAUGGACCUGAUCAGUGAGGUAGACGUCCGCAGUACUUGGCUCCAUCUCCUCUGGGUGCUGUGGUUACUCUCCUUUGGGAAUCCUUAGAGUGGAGUGGAAGAAGGUGGACAGCUGUGAAAACACUUGCUCGUUUUAACGUGGCAACAACUUCUUUGAGGGCGUCGGACUAAUAUGCGGACUCUCCGGGGGGAACGAUAUAGGAGAUCGAUCGGUGCCUCUACAACACGAUGAGCGGACAGUCGAUGACCAACGUGGCGGAUGACGUCCGCGAAGAGAAGGUGUCAUUAGCAAACUGCGUCUCCUAAAGCCUUUAUCGCAGUCCGUCGCGGCGGCCGUCCGUCAAACUGCAGCAACGCCACUGACGCUUUUGAAUGAGUUUAACGUAAACAUGCACGCACAGGCUGGAAUGACUGGAGAACACCAUUUGAAGCAAAUGCCUUCAUGUGGCUCAAUGAAAUCAAACUGUCUACGUUAGUAAGUUGGAAAGGCCGGAAUCUUGUCUUAAAAAAAAUCUGCAGGGCAACUCAGAACAACCCCCGUUGUAGUGUUUCAUCUAACGCGAACGUCUUGACUUGGAUAGCACCUCGUCGUUGGCUCUUUACAGGCAUGCUACAGGUGGUCACGUCUCCUCAACCAAAUUGCCAAGUUUUCUCGCUCUCUCUGUCUGUUUCAGUUAGAAUGUUUCGGAUUUUUGCUUCCAAGACUCAAUACACUCAUUGUCUUUUUGUGUGCGUGUCGACGACAGGGUGAGGGGUGGCAGUCGACUUUCUCCUGUCAAAAAUAAUGUGCGUCGCGUUGUCGAACUUUAGCUACCCCGACUCAGCCUUUUCUGUUGUUUGUCUUUUCCUGCAUGUUUACUGGUGGAAUUCAUCUACAAAGGUUGCGAUGCCGGCUUUUGUCGAGCUGUGUUCAAAUGUGAAGAUGGGUUAUCGGUCAUGUCUCACCGCGGUUAGUUAAUGGGUGCGUCGUUGCGAGAUGGCCGACCCAGAGGGAUCUAAGGCGCUUCUUCACUUUGGAAGCAUUUUUGCUGUGUUGAAAGCUGUAAUUAAGUCUAGGAAACCCAAAUUUGCCCGCUGUGAUGUCAUUUUCAUCACCUUCUCCAAAUCAGUAUUGAUGUAAUGAACACAACUAAGGACCUUUUUAAGGUUUUCUCAAAGCUACGGUUUGGUUAACAUGUGGAUUGUUAGCACUUUAUGUACACUAAUUGCUUUUUUUGUAAGUUGUUAGAGCUCUAUUGACACCAACUCCUCCCGAAAAGAAAGAAUGGCUCUGGGCUGUUAUUUCUCAGAACAAACAAAAUUAUUAAAUGUAACUCAGGUAGCGUUAAUAAAGCCAUGACUAUCUAACUCUUUUUGUUUAUUUUUUUCCCAAAAGACCCCUUGUCGCCAUGCCCUCUAAUAUGGAAACGUAGAAUUGGAAUCUAUUUAUGACAUCAUGAUUUGACAUAUUAUGAAAGAGGAUUUGACUAAACACCAAAUAUUAGUUUUUAGUGGAAGCCCUUUCGGUGUCAUCAAUCAGGCUAGAGUCCAUUUAGAAAACCUUGAUUUUAAAGCAUGUUUGUUACAUGUACAUGUUUUUUUUUGGUGUUUCUUAACGUAUGCUAGCCUGCAAUGUGUAAGAGUUCGUUAGCUCCAUGACUAUUGUUGAUUUUCUAUCUCUCUCUCUCUCUCUCUCUCUCUCUCUCGUGUGAGUGAGCACCACUGGUUCCCCGCUCUCAAGUACUCUUCUUGGUGCUGUGGCCUGAUUUAGGCCUCACUGCACAGGCGGACAUGUUUUAUUUUUUUCCUUUCUGCACGUCAACUUGACAUUUAACUUUUCAACGGUGUUAAAAAGUGCUUUAGUUUUGCUUAUGUUGAGUGUCAGAAUGCUUCGCCGUAAAUGUGUUUGUAUGUGUAACAUAAAUAGUAUGGCAUCAAAAAAAAAAAAAAAAAACUUUUCCAACAAAUGUCUUGGCGGGUCAUUUAUGUUGAGCACUGUAUAAGGUGACACUAUCAGGUUAUCUUUGGGCAUCUUUCGGUUUCUGCGAGUCCAAACAGGGUGAUCAAGAAUGAGUACGUGACUUUACACUAGUUUUGCAAUGAUUCCCUUUUGUGGCAAUUGUUUUUUUUUUUAGAAAAAGGAUGGGAACUAGUUACUCACCCUCCUUGUACAAGCACUUAAAUGAGCAAAAAAAAGAAAAGAAAAAAAAGCUUCUUGUGUAGAGUAUCCAUUGAGAGAGUAGAACUGAGCAGUGCAGCCUGCAAACCAAAAACAGCUUCUUGGAGCGGAGUGUGUGUGCGUCCGCCCGCGUGUAUGUAUGUGACCGCGUGCGUGCGUUGGUGUUGUAUAGUCAGGCCUGACCAUGUGGAGUUGAACCCUCCACUUCUCAGGAUGUGCAAUCACCUCAAGGAUGCUGACGCAGGCUUCCACAGACAACGUUAGCCUCUCAAUUGUUAGCGCCUAGUAAAUUGUUCCUGUUGUUGUUUAUUAUUAUUAUGCAAGUUCUUCAUAUAACUGCACCCCCUGUUUAAUGUUCAGGUGCCUGUAUGAAAAGAAAUCUACUUUUACAGCAAUUUUGAUUGUUUCACAUCAGCUUCCAGUGUAUAUCUGUGCCAUGUUUUUUUUAUAAUUUUUUUUUUUUUUUUUCCCCCCCUGCCCCACCACCCUCACUCUUUGCUUAGCUGUUCAAAGCAAAUUUCUUCUAAGGGACAUGGAUGCUGCUGAAAGCAAUGAGUAUUUUACAUGUUUUGUAGAUUUAAAAUGAAUAAAUAAAAUAAAUUAUGGACGGUU